AUGGCGGACGACGGCGCGACGCGCGCGCGGGCGAGCAAUAACCCGCGCUCGAGCGCGGUGCGUCGGAUCGCCCGGGAGAUUCGCGAGUGCGUGGACGCGGCGAGCGCGGACGACGCGUUCGUGGCGUCACCGCUGGAGGAUGACAUUUUUGAGUGGCAAUUCGCCGUGCUCGGCGCCCCGGACAGCGCGUUCGAGGGUGGGAUCUAUCACGGACGCAUCACGUUACCGCCCACGUAUCCGUUCGCGCCGCCGACGUUCGUCAUGCGCACGGCGAACGGACGAUUUGAGGUGAACGCGAAGAUUUGCUUGAGCAUCUCGGGACAUCACCCGAACACGUGGUUGCCGAGCUGGGGGGUGCGGAGCGCGCUCACGGCGCUGCGGGCGUUCAUGCCCACGGCGGCGGAAGGUGCGGUGGGGUCGUUGGAUUGGAGCGAUGAAAGACGGAGGGAACUGGCGCGAGUGGCGGGUGAGGCGCGAGAGGUGACGUACGAAGACGGGAACGAGGCGAGACGGGCGCUGAGCGCGCGCUUACACGAACAGAUGAUGGAACGCAGAGAGAGGGUGAUGGCGAACGAGCGAGGGCGGGCGGGAACGAGCGGGGGGGGUGGAGAGAUCGAUCACGGCGCGCGUGAAGAAAGCGUGGAAGAAGAUGGGGAGGUUGUGGAUGCGGAGACGCCGAUCGACGCGCCGGCCCUCGAAGAGACGGAGCGCGUUCCGAGCGACGUCUCUUCGGCGUCUUCUUCUCAAUCCUCCGAUAGCAACGACGUGAGCGAUACGAACGACGCGUCUCAAGACACGAGUGAGACGUUUGAAUUUCGUCAGAAUCUACUCGAUCGACUCGAUCUGGAAGAGAGAGAGGCGAGAGAGGAAUCCGACGACCCGCCGAGACCGGUGACGCCGCCGGACGACACCGAGCGACUCGCCCGGCGCAGAGAAGAGCUCGCCAAGACCAAGGCUCAGCUCGACUCCACCGCCCGAGCCCUCUUUGCCGUCAUCGUUGGCAUCUACGUCAAGCGUUUACUCGUCUCCUUCGUCAUCACCGCCCUCGAAUCGUAA